AUGGAAAGUUGGUCGGUUGAUCAAGUCUGCAACUGGCUCAGACAGAGGAAUUUAGGAGAACUAGUUCCUAAAUUUCGUGAAGAAGAAGUGAGUGGAGCAGCUCUUCUGGCUCUUAACGAUCGCAUGGUGCAGCAGCUGGUGAAGAAGAUUGGACACCAGGCAGUGCUAAUGGACCUGAUUAAUAAAUACCAGCAACAAAAAAAUGGACCAGAACCCCUUACAUAUUACUGUGAAACAGCUUCUCCAAUGCUUCCAGCUAUCAGUGGGGACACUGAAAGGCAGAUAUUAAGUACUUUUAGUCCUGUGGAGCGGAAACUGUAUUUGUCCUCAACUGAAAAUGAAGAAGGACUAAUUGAUCAAAGAGUGCUAAAGCAAAAAAGAAAUCUGAAAUCAUGUUCUGCAGGAUGUAAGAUGUUGCACUGGACAAGUUCUUAUAUGUUGCCAGCUUUUCCUUAUGAUGUCAAGAUUUUAUUAGCAGAAAAAAAAUGCCCUGAUCACAGUAUGAGAAUAAGGAUGAUUGAAUGUUUGCAAGCAGACAUGACAAAAUACCUAGCAGGAUCACUGUAUCCGAACAGCCAGCAAUACAACUUUGUUGUCAGUGCUUUGCUGCAGGCAUACCCGUUUCUGGAUGAUGAUGGGAAUGGCUUUUCGGUAUGGAAACGGGCCCUUAAAGAUCGUUUCAAAUAUGUGCGGAGAGCUAUUGAAGAUGAUGAGGAAGUUUUAAGGAACAAAUGCAAGUUUGGCCAGAGGCGAGGACAGAGGAGGAAAUCUUCAUCUGCUGAGAAGAAACCUUAUGACAUCAAAGUGCAGAAAGAGGUAAGAUUGGUAGUGCUUAUCUUCAGACUUUUUUGCUUUGAUAGUGAUGCAAUGUAUGCGAACAUUAACUGGCUGAAGCAAGAAUAUAUGAAAACUCAGAGAAACUGGAAAGAAGUGAAUGACAGAAUGAAUGCAACAGUACAAAUACGAAGGAAGAUGAUCAGUGAUAAGGCACCUUUACAAGACAUUCUUAGACUAUUUCCUUUCUUAAGAUGCCCUUAUCAGCUCUUUCGGGAGUUCCAGGUUCUUACACACAUGAACGUUUAUCAGAAAACAGUUGAGAUUUUGGAGAUUUAUUCAGAAAACAUAUUAUCUUUGUAUCUGGUGAAGAAUAAUCCAAUUACCAUUAUGCUGCAAGAAAAUCUGAAACAGCACACAGAGGAAGACAUUCUAAAAUACAUGAAGAUGACUGCUGCAUGUUUACUUCUGCCAGAUGUCUUUGGAGAUGACUCGAGUCUGUUUGCUGCAGUAAACGAGGAGGUGAAGGUGGUGACACCAGUGUUGGAAGUUAAAAAUCCCUUCAAUGUGAAUUCAUGUGAGUUUGCUCUGUAUGUAGAAAAACAAGAGGUAGCCCAGCUUGAGGACUGCACCACAGCCCUGGCAGCACUGGUGGCUGCAUUUUACGUGUUUGACAUCCCGUGCCCAAACAGAAUCUAUAGGACACUGAACUUCCUGGAGUCCCUGGUCUUUGAGAUGAGGUGUCCAGCAUUCCUCCCAGCUCAGGUAAAGAGGGGGCCGGAGAUCCCUGAAUAUCCCAGUAUUUGCUAGUGUGCACAGCACUCGUCUCAGAAACAUUUUGUCAAAAUAAAUCCCUUUGUUGUGAAGAUGAAUCAGUGUCAUUCUUUCUA